CACCGUGCGUUGACUCGCGAACUCCCUCUCGCUACACCCGGCUCCGCCCGCUCGGACCGAACUACCCCAGUCAACUUUACCUCUCGAUCCGGUGGGAAACGGAGGGACGGCAAGGCGCCGGUAGCUCGGAGCCGAACACGAAAGGUAGCGCGUUGGGUUCCCAAGAUGCGAAUCGCCAUGGGUGGAAUGAGAAAGUGGCUCUUCAAUCAAUCAACGAUGGCCAGUUACCUCAACACCAACACACAAACCACACUUAGUCCUCCCCGGCCAUCAUGGGUCGACUUAACCAACUUCGGGCUUCCAAGCUCGAUGGAGACCAGCGGCUAUGUGCCCUUUCUGAUGGCUAUCAUAUUGAUAGCCUCAGUGAUGACCGUUUCGCUGCGUAAGAAUAAGUUGUCUGCAUUCCCGGUGAUUAAUGCCUCGAAAAAUGAGUAUCUCAUGAGUGGAAGGGCGAUGUUGGCCCGGGGUUUGAAAGAAUUUGGUGGGAAGCCUUUCAGAGUCAAUACCGGUCUUGGCGGUGGUGUCAUCAUUCUCGACCACAGCGUCAUGCCAGAGGUUCGAAAUGAUGCCCGUUUUGACUCAACGAAGUUUCUGCUCCAGUACUGGCAAGCUGGCAUCCCUGGGUUCGAGCCUUACAUUGCUCUUGGAACUGAGAUACUACACAAUGUCAUCAAAUGGAAUCUCACGCCUGCUGGUAUUGCCAAGCUGAACAAGCCAUUGUCUGAUGAGGCAAACGCUGCUCUUAGUGAUAUCUUGACCGAUAACGAAGAAUGGCAUGAGGUUCUUCUUGGCGACGUCAUCAUUCGAAUUGUUGCCCGGGUGUCCUCCGUCAUUUUUCUUGGCCCAGAGCUGUGCCGAAAUCCCGACUGGCUGAAAAUCACAGUGAAUUACACCAACAAAGCAACAAAUGCUGCCAAAGUCUUAAGGCGUUGGCCAGUGAUUCUCUAUCGCACUAUUCAUUGGUUUCUUACAGAAUGCCGAGAAGUUCGUACGAUGCUAAUUGAAGCGCGGCAAAUCAUCGCGCCUAUUCUAGAGAAGCGCCGUGUAGAGAAGGCAGCAGAUCCAAGCCUCGAGUAUCAUGACGCUCUGGACUGGUAUGAGACGGCAGCGAAAAGAAUGGGCGUUGAGUAUGAUCCUGCCGAUCAGCAGCUGGCCCUCAGCAUCUCUGCAAUUCUGACCAGUAACGAUCUUAUGUCCCAGAGCAUCAUGGAUCUUUGCAAGAACCCAGAGAUGUUCGAGCCACUCAGGAACGAAAUCCGGUCUGUUCUCGGGGACGGGCAAUGGAAACCUACGAGUCUUUACAACACGAAGCUCCUCGACAGUGUUCUCAAGGAAACUCUGCGCCUUAAGCCCGUUGCAGCUGUGGGUCUAGGCCGCAGAGUCAUGGAAGAUGUCCGCCUCAAGGAUGGCACAGUUCUUCCCCAAGAUUCUGGCAUCGCUAUUAAUGCGGAAAAGAUGUGGGACCCGGAGAUCUAUAAGAACCCGCGAGCCUAUGAUGGAUACCGUUUUUUGAGACUGCGGGAAGCUUCUGAGCAAGGCGAAAAGACGUCCCAGCUAGUCAGCACUUCGCCCGAACAUCUAGGUUUCGGCCUCGGCAUUCACGCCUGUCCUGGCCGCUUCUUCGGCGCCAAUACUGUGAAGCUGGUCAUGUGCCACCUCUUGCUCAAGUACGAUAUCAAGCUGGCGGAAAACACAAAUAUCAGUCCUCUAGAGUUUGGGUUUUCCAUGCUUGCAAACCCCACCACCAAGGUCCUUGUCAGGCGGAGAAAGGAGGAGGUGAACUUCUAA